UAAAAUCCCCAAAACUUUCACUUUCUCACGUUUUAGCCCCACUUGCUUCCUCUCUUUUCUCCUUCUUCUUCAUCUCUCUCUCUCUCUGCUUUCACCGCUACAACGAAGAACACUGAAGCUUCUUUUGCUUAAACACAAUAAAUGAGAGACCUUUCGCACCUAAAGACCGAACUAUGGCCACCUAUUGGAGCUCCGAUGAAUCUCCGGCGAGAAGAGCCGUGGAAAUCUCAGUUCGACGACUCUGUUAACGCUGUCUCCUUUGGUUUCGUGGCUACAGCCAUUCUCAUCUCUAUGUUCCUCGUUAUGGCUAUCUUCGAGAGACUGAUUCGUACCACCACUACUACAGCUACUCACUCAGAUUCCUCUUCAAGUCGGGUCCUUUCGGGUAUGGAUCCUCGGGUCGGGUUUCACAAUGGUGCUGCGACCAAGCUCGGUUACCAAUCUCCCAAGAUGACUGUCUACUCAAACGGGGUAUCUGUAUUGAUGCCAGGAGAUGAUAUCCCUACAUUCAUCGCUCAUCCAGUGCCUGUGUCUUGUCCUCCUCAACAAAUCUCACAGUCUCAGCAUCAACCUAGCUCAUCAAGAGAUUCCUCCAACUCAAACUCCAUUCAAGAAUGUUGAAGGCUGUUUAUUCAUCUCCAUCACCAUUCACCAUUCACCAUUGGCAUAUUUAUAACAUUCGAGCGACCAACCACAUUGAGUUGAGUUGAGUUUGGCGUCGGAUGUUUCAGUUUCCUCGUAUUGUAAUUUUUUUUUUCUCUCCCGAUGAUUUGGCUAUAUUGAUUGGGUUCGGAGAGAUUAUUCUAUCCGCAUUUUGUGUACAUAGCAUUAGGAUCAAAAACUGGUUUAUGCCCUUUAGCUUAAAAGCCUAAAGCAUAUUAUUCAAGAUUUGACUUGAAUUAUUUUGUUUUUUUUUGCUUUUUA